AUGUUAUCCCCUAUACCUAAGGUUCAGCCAGCAAAACAAUCGGCGAGAACAAUCUGUGCAAAGAUAAUUACAUCAAGCCUAUACAAAGCCAACCUUCUUGCGAAGGCUCUGCCUAAGCCCAAAGCACGACGCAAACUUAAAGUAUCAACGAAGAAAGAUACAGAUAAUAAUAUGGCAGUCAAGAAACCACCUAAGCGUAAAGCGAAAUCUGAAACACAAUUUUUUGAUUUUUUCAUUCAAUUUUGGAUCAAGAUGAGGAGACCUAGUAAAAGUCCUUACGCCAAGAAGCCAACAAAUCCAAUGGACAUCCUCUCACUGCCCUUUUUUAACAAAACCAUGAAAUUUUUAAAUUGUGAGGCAUCUCGCUAUAAAGCUCACUCCUUCCGUAUAGGAGCUGCUACCACUGCAGCUUUGAUAGGCAUACCAGUUGACAUCACUAUGCAGGCCGGGAAGGGAAAUCAUCAGUUUUCAAAUCUAUAUUAA